UAUCUCCUCUCUCUUUCUCUAUAUAUAGUGGACCGACCAUUUGUCCCCCUUUAUUAAAAUAAAAUAAAAAUACAAUUAACAAAAUAGUAAAAAAAUGUGUUCAGAGAAAAAUAUGGAGGCAACAAAAACAACAAUUGUGGAAGGAGAAGCUUCUUCUUCAAGAUUCAAGAGUGUUUGUGUUUUCUGUGGAAGUAGCACUGGUAAAAGAGAUUCUUACAGGGAAGCCGCCAUUGAAUUAGGCCAAGAACUGGUUGCGAAAAAGUUGGAUCUUGUUUAUGGAGGUGGGAGUAUUGGGCUCAUGGGUUUGGUCUCUCAAACUGUUCAUCAAGGUGGUGGUCGUGUUAUUGGAAUCAUGCCAAAGACUUUAAUGGGAAAAGAGCUUACUGGAGAAACAGUUGGAGAAUUGAGACCAGUUGCAAAUAUGCACCAAAGAAAAGCUGAAAUGGCCCGCCACUCUGAUUGUUUUAUUGCUCUUCCAGGUGGGUAUGGAACAUUGGAAGAAUUGCUGGAAGUGAUAGCAUGGGCACAGCUGGGAAUUCAUGACAAACCUGUUGGUUUGCUAAAUGUGGCUGGAUAUUACGACUCAUUGCUCACAUUCAUUGAUCAAGCAGUUGAAGAUGGUUUCAUUCGUCCUUCCCAGCGCCACAUUUUUGUGUCUGCCCCCACUGCUAAAGAGCUUGUUCAGAAGCUUGAGGAGUAUGAGGCAGUGAAAGGAGUUAUAACCAAGGCAAUGUGGGAGGUAGAGCAGCAACCAUCAACACAGGUGGGGUUCAACACCACCACCCCUUUGCAGACUGAAGUGGCUAUUAUGUAAAGAUGAUCAACUUUAUUAAAAAAAAAUAUUAUAUAUAAACUUUUUGGUGCUGAUUUGGAAGGAGAAAAGUAGCUAAAAUGGCGGAGUGAAGAAGAAGAAGAAGAAGAAGAAGAAGAAGAAGAAGAAGAAUCUUCGUUUUGCGUCGGGUCCCUUCCUAAUUCCUAUAACUAUAUAGUGGAAUAGUACUGUAGUAGUAUUGGGAUGGGGUUAAAAAUAUCUCAAAUUAUUAGUAACUGACCAUAUGAAACGUUUGCGUGAAGAUCGAUCGAGUGUUAAAAAGGUGAUGGGAAUGUUGCAAGUGUUUAUUUGGCUACAACUUUUGGAUCUUCUUUUUGAAUCUCCUGAUCCUGAUGUUGCUAUCUCUAUCUCUAAAGAAGAUGAAAACUAAUGGUUAUUAUUGUAGGCGGUCGUGGUUGUAUGUAAUCGUCUAACUUUCUACUAUCCGUGAAUUGUAUGUAUUAAACGGUUAUAAUGAUAUAUUACUACAAUUAUGUUUAUGUAUAUUCA